AUUAUACUAGCGAAACAAGAAGAUAAUAAGUUCCCUCCAUAUCUUGCUCUCUCUCUUGGUCACAUGGCGACAGCCACAUAUCCUUCUUCUUCUUCUUCUUCUGCACUGUUCUGUCGCUUCCAUGGUGCGGCAGGGAAGUGGCGUCCUCCGGUGCGCAAGCGGUGGAACGUCGAGGCCUCUAUUUCAAGAAGAAGUCAAAAAGCACCGCGCCGUCUGAUCACGAUUGGAACAUCAGACAGCAGGUGGCAUGGGAAAUGGACCAGCGACUAUAUCCUCUCUCUCCGAGACUUGCGGUUAUUGGAUUUGAUCGAAGACGAGCAGAAAGACGCCAAGGUUCUCGUCAACCUCAGCGUAGAGAAGCAUGCCAGCUUUGGCUUAUCGAUCUUUGGGAGGAUCACUACAUCUUUCACCAGAAAAUGCAGUAAUUGCUCUUCCCCGUACUGCAGAGAGCAGAUAAAUACAAGUUUCAAUGUUUGGGUUCUGACAUCUAAUAGACUCAGUCACGCAACCGAACUUCCCGAGAUUGGAGGAGACGAUCCAUCAGUCAUCUAUGUCAAACCUGGCUAUGAAGCUCAUCUUGAUCAACUUAUUCAAGACACUCUUCGGCUUACUACCUCGGUCAAAGAUACAUGCUCAGAAUUAUGCGAAAAAUCCGAGCCUACACUCCAAUAUAUCGGUGGUCCAAAGCUGCCUCAGUUGAUAAGAGGUGGUGCAGGCUCCUGGAGCUGAAGAACAAGAACCGUUGACCGAUUGAUGUCAAUUCAAUCUCUGUUUCUUGCCGUGAGAAGGAUAUUGUACAUGACUUUAGCCGACACCUUUCGUUUCCCCUUGUCCUAAUCCUUGCCUAGAGAGGGAUUGAGGACCCAUUAUGUGAUAACACGAUCGUUACAUAACAUAUUGUGUAAAUAGGUCGCAACAAAAAGGUUCCUUCUCCAAUAAAUCAAGCUUUUCAUUCC